AUGCGUCUAUUCCUGUUUUUCUCUACCCUUUUUGCUCUCUAUUUGAAUGUCUUGGCACAUAAUUAUCUCGUGGUAUCCCCAGUUUUUGGGUACAGUCAUAUCAAGUUUAUGAACAAAGUGGCUGAUACGCUCGCCGACGCAGGACAUAAUGUGACACUAUUGCAACCUUAUACAUAUGAACAUUGGGGAACGAUUAGGUUGGCAAAGAAUAAGAAUAUUGAGAUAGUGGACUACCACAACAAAGACGCUCCAAACCAUGAACAAUCCGCCAGUGUGUUUGCAUUUUUUUGGGAUAGUGAAGUUGUAAAUAACCCAAUUACAGGAGCCAUCGCGCCAAUGUUCAUACUCUACAACGAAUUCAAACCAAUGUGUGAUAAGAUCCUUACGGAUAAAGAACUUCACAAGUGGAUUCUUUCAAAAAAAUUCGAUGGAUAUGUGGCGGAGGCAUUUGAUUUCUGUUCACUGUUUCUUGGUGACCAUCUGAAACUAAACCUUCUCCCAAUGUUCUCCACUAUCAAGAAUGUGCCGGGAUCUCAUGCAAUCGGGGAACCAUCUCUUCUCAACUACUCGCCUUCUCUUCACACAAACUAUGGCCCAGAGCAAACCGUUUUUGAUCGUAUCCAAGAUAUCACUGCAUUCACUUCCUUCCAUUAUGCAUUCUCAAAUCUCUACGAACGACAGUACAACCUAGCCUAUUCACUUCUUGAUGGAGACGUCAGACCAUGGAGAGAAAUUCUUCAGACUGCCACAUUCUUCUUCUACAAUAAUAAUCCUUACAUUGGAUUUCCAAUGCCAACACUCCCGAAGUCUGUAGAAAUCGGAGGGUUCACUAUUGAUCCCCCAAAGAAUGUGAAACUGGAUGAAGAUUUUGAUAAGAUUCUGAAUCUUAGAAAAUCGACGGUGCUGAUUUCAUUUGGAACGGUAGUACAGUCAGCGGAUAUGCCGGAUAGAUUCAAGGAUGGUCUUGUUAAAAUGUUUACAAACUUACCUGAAACCACAUUUAUUUUCAAGUAUGAGGUUGAAGAUGAAGCGUUUUCGAAACGACUCUCUGAAAAUGUGAUUCUCAAAAAAUGGGUGCCACAACCAGCUCUUCUAGCCGACCCACGUCUGAAGGUGUUCAUUACUCAUGGUGGAUUGGGAAGUACUCUGGAAGUUGCAUACGCUGGGAAGCCAUCUGUUAUGAUCCCAAUAUUCGGAGACCAAAUGCUCAAUGCCAAAAUGUUGAGCCGUCACGGAGGAGCAGUAUCCUACGAUAAAUACGAGUUGGGUGACUCGGAGAAGCUUACGAAGACAGUUCAAGAAGUUAUAUCAAAUCCCAAAUAUAACGAGAACGCGUUGCUUCUGGCGGAUAUUUUGCACAACCAACCUAUUGAGCCUAAAGAGAAUUUGUUGAAGCAUGCGGAGUUUGCAGCAAGAUUUGGUAGAGUCCACGCUUUGGAACCCUACAAUGUCCACUACAACUUCAUCAAAUACUACAUGCUGGAUGCAUACACAAUUUUAAUUUUUUGUCUUUUUGUUUUCCUAUAUCUCAUUCAUCUAGGUGCUAAGUUUAUCUACAGACGACUUUGUAGAUCGAAAUCAAAAACUGAUUGA